AUGAACAAAAUUCUCUACUUUAUUCUCCAUCCUUUUCUCUCCUUUAACCUCUGGUCAGAUGAACAUCGCGAGGACGAAGGCAUCGAUGUCUUCUACGCGCUUUUCCUUUGUGUUGUUGCUGGAAUUUGGCUGGUAGUACAACGAGAGAGAAGGUCCAAGAACAGUCCAAUUCCAUUCCAUUUCUCAACUCCGAAAGAAGCUGAUCCGAAUUGGUCUUCCGUCAAGAUUGAGAGACCAACAUUGGAAUCUCACCUAGAGGAUGAAAACAUUCAGCCUAUGAUGCUUCCGGACAGGCGCUAUAUUACUUGCUUUGAUCCAAGCAACGGUCUUCAUAUUGCAACAGUCCUCGCAGAUAACGACGCAGAAAUUGCGGCCAAAAUCCAAAAGGCUCUUACGGCACAGAAGGAGUGGAUGUACACAGACUUUGUUCAGAGGAGACGUGUCAUUCGGAGCUUGAAAAAGUGGAUGGUGGAAAAUCAGGAUCUUUGUGCAAGAGUAGCUUGUCGGGAUACCGGAAAGACGCUUAUUGAUGCGGCGUUGGGAGAAAUACUCGUUACUUGCUGCAAGAUGGAAUGGUUGAUUGACCAUGGUGAAGAGGCUUUGAGACCGGAGUCCAGGAAAUCCAACUUCAUCCAGUUUUAUAAAAAGUCGGAAGUGCACUACGAUCCUCUCGGUGUCGUUGCAGCAAUAGUGUCAUGGAACUACCCUCUUCAUAACGCUUGGUCCCCAAUUCUUGCAUCUAUAUUCGCUGGAAAUGGUGUAGUGCUCAAAUGUUCUGAAAACGUGAUAUGGUCUACAAGCUGGUUCGUUAACAUCAUCAAGAACUCCCUUGAAGCUUGCGGCCAUGAUCCAGAACUUGUACAGCUCGUUUGCUGCUGGCCAGAACAAGCGGCAGCUUUAACUAAAUCGCCGCACAUUAAGCAUAUCACUUUUAUUGGCUCGGAAACCGUUGGGCGGCAGAUUGCCAUAGAUGCUACAGAACACUUGACCCCCGUUACCCUAGAGUUAGGCGGAAAAGAUCCUGCUGUCAUUCUUCCGAACACAAACCUGAAGCAAUGGAUCAGCACUUGGAUGCGAGGCAUUUUCCAAAACUCUGGUCAGAACUGUAUUGGUAUAGAGAAACUUAUCGUCCAUGUCGACCAAUACGACGACUUGUAUGACAUGCUCAAAGAACGAAUUGAGAAGCUUCGCUGCGGUUCUGUAACGCUGCCUUCAGAUCAGGGAUACUUAUCCCCUGUCGACGUUGGCGCAAUGAUUUCUGACAAUCGGUUUGAUGCUCUAGAGGCACUUAUUAAGCAAGCUGAGGAGGACGGUGCCAAGAUUGUCAACGGAGAGCGAUAUCACCAUGUCUACCAUGAUCAAGGAACGUAUUUCCUGCCCACUUUGGUCGGACUCACCAAGAACUCUGCGGCGAUUGCACAGCAAGAACUUUUUGCGCCCAUCGCUCUCGUCAUGGGAUACGAGACGGUCGAGGAGGCUGUCAACCUAGCUAACGGAACGCGGUAUGGACUGGGAGCAAGUGUGUUUGGUCCCGACCAAAAACAAUGUCUCGAAGUCGCUGAGGCACUCGAUUGCGGAAUGGUUGCUGUGAACGACUUCGCAGUGUUUUAUGUGAACCUGCCGUUCGGGGGCACUAAGGCAAGCGGAUACGGGCGAUUCGGUGGUCCUGAAGGCCUUCGCUCCUUGACCAACCCGAAAGUCAUAGUGUACGAUUGGUGGCCUGGUUUAAUUCAAACUUCGAUACCGAAGGUAUUGGACUAUCCCAUCCGGUCGUUGGGAACCAGCUUCGAAUUCACUUCAGGGUUGAUACGCUUCUUUUACGCCGACACAUGGAGAGCACGGAUACAGGGUCUCAUUACUUUAAUACAAGCUCAGAGGAAAUAG